CCUCGAUGAAUUUGAAAACCGCUAGAGAUCCUACGUAGACAUUACACGGUCAAUCACGUGCCAGAAUAUCAUCGUUAUGUCCACAUAAAACUGAAGUCCACAGCCAGAAUCUGGUGCAUACCCGGAUAAGACGUCGACGCUCUCGUGUGUUAACAUUUCGAAUUUUCGGUGACCGCCUAACAACCUCAUCGCCAUGGAUGAUCUGACCAAGGACCAAGUUGCUCUUCUGAAGAAAGCUUUCGAUGCCUUCGACCACGAUAAGAAAGGCAGCAUCGGUACAGACAUGGUGGGAACGAUAUUGACCAUGUUGGGUUACGAACUCAGUGAAAAGACCCUGAAAGAAAUCAUUCAGGAAGUUGACGAAGACGGAUCUGGCCAACUGGAGUUCGAAGAGUUCUGUACUCUGGCUGCUAGAUUCUUAGUAGAGGAGGAUUCCGAGGCGAUGCAACAGGAGUUGCGCGAAGCAUUCCGUUUGUACGACAAAGAAGGUAACGGCUACAUCACCACCGACGUGUUCCGAGACAUUCUUCACGAGCUGGACGACAAACUGACGCCGCAGGAGCUCGACAUGAUGAUCGAAGAAAUUGACGCUGACGGCUCCGGAACACUCGACUUCGACGAAUUCAUGGAAGUUAUGACUGGCGGUGACGACUAAACAAGAAGAUAAUCCGGGUGGGCAAUGGCUACGAUUAAGCUCGACAAUGUUUCACGCGAGUGUCCUUCGCGUUUUUCCUAAUGGCGGAGGAUACACAGUCGACGUCGGUUAAUUUUCAUCAAUCGCGUGCACCUUUCACCAAACGGCGAGCGUUUCCGUUCGAAUAAACGCGUCGCCGGACAAAAAGCUGUGCUCCAGCAGAUAAAAAUGAAGUUUAAUAAAGACUACCCAACACGAAAGAACGUUUUGCUUGAUUGAAUCGAGGCUAUGCGCGAAACCGCAUCGGAAACAAAAUUGAUUAAGCGAGGUGUUCUCUUCUCUAAUCCCGCAAUUGCUCGUUUUCGGUGAAAAACCGAGGAAAGUCUGGACAAAGCGCACCACAGAUGUGGGUUGUUUGUCGUAUCGAUCGUGCCCCUGGGCGACUGCAAUCAAGCGCACGCCCGUGUAAGCAGCGCAGAGUGUUCACGGAGCAACGUAGAGCAAGCAAAAACGCCGAAUACAAUUCGAACCGAGCAAUCGAAUUUUUUUCCGACUCCAGAAAUUACAAGACUAUACAUUUUCAAUUUUUUGGUUAUCAUCAAUGUGUACGAAGAACUUUUACACUCGUGACAGAAGUACAAAGAACGUUAGAAUUAAAUUAACUUGUCGAUGAUUGAAUCGUUGGAAAUCACCUGUACUCAUCAAAUAUGAAGUAAUCUAACAGAAUAAAAUUAAUUUUGUACGA